UUUUACUGGAUAGUACGUACGCGAACAGGGCUACUGCUUUUUAUCCUCACUCAUUCCCAACCAGCACGAAAAUCGAUAAGGUACAAAGGUUUGGGAAAAGAGUGGAAUAAUGCUUAAAACCGUACCACUUUGUUGUACCGCUUAGUUUUUUGGAAAAUAGUUAAAAUAAUUAUUAUCAUGUCUAGUUCAGUGUUACCUUAUAUAUAUUUUUUAGUACUUGCGUUCUUUGUAUUAGGUUGCCACGGCUCUAUUGGAGAUCGUACACAAUUCUUUCACAAUUGUAGACAAAACUGUGAACGGCAAAAUUGUAGUGCAGAUGGCGUAGAGAUUCAGGAGCAGGCCGUUAAAUAUUAUCAACAGUCGAUAUUCGACAAAGCGUUUGCUUGGAACUGUGCGGAUGAAUGCCAAUAUGGUUGUAUGUGGCGCACAGUGGAUGCGUUUGCAGAACGCGGUUGGGACGUACCACAGUUUUAUGGAAAGUGGCCAUUCCUCCGUUUUCUUGGUACUCAAGAACCAGCCUCGGUGUUGUUUUCUAUUUGUAAUUUGGUUGUUCACAUUCGCAUGCUACGACGCUUUCGUACUGAGGUGCGUCCGGAUAGUCCAUGCUAUAAGUUGUGGCAUAUUUUCUCAUUUGUAUGUAUUAAUGGUUGGAUAUGGUCGACAGUUUUUCACACAAGAGAUUUUCCUGUGACAGAGUUAAUGGAUUACGCUUUCGCUUACAGUGUUGUACUCGUGUCACUUUAUUGUAUGGUUAUGCGGAUGAUAUACCGGCAGUCGCUCAUAUUACGAGGCUUAAUUUCAUUGAUAUUUCUCUCGUUCUUUGUAAAUUACUUUGCGUACCUGAGCUUAGGCAAAUUUAGUUACUCUUUAAAUAUGACGACAAAUAUUGUUACUGGUAUAAUCUCCGCACUGGGAUGGUUUGUUUGGUGUUAUUUGGAACGACAUCGGCGUGCAUAUUACCGUAAAAUUAUCCGCUUCUAUAUUUUAUUCGGCAUGUCUAUGAGUUUAGAGCUAUUGGACUUUCCACCAAUUUUGUGGCUUAUAGACGCACACGCCUUAUGGCAUUUGGCUACAGUUCCUGUCAUCUCGCUGUUUUAUGAUUUUAUAAUUGACGACUGCCGCUCACUUUGGAAGGAACAGCAGUUUGAAAGUGGAAAGCUUGGCAAGCACAUCUAAUGAGUUCAUACAUAGGCUAAUUCUUCCUAAACUAUUUUGUGAUUAUGAGAUGUUGUUUUGUAACAAGAGGUGUUUUAGUAAAAUUUUAUUUUGCCAACUUAAGAAACAAAGAUUUACUACAGAUAUCAUGUAUCAAAAUUUUAAUAUUAUGUAUAAUAUACUACACUUUCUACAUUUG